GUAUACUAGUAUCAUUGGUCUCGUAAAUGAGCCCAAGCGUAAUCGGAUUGUAACCUGCUUGCGAGUACUAUAUAUGGCACGUGUAUAUGGUAACGUUCAAACUAUAUUAUGCAUCCUAGAUCGAUCAAAUACACGCCUUGUUUUAACGCACAUAGUUAGUAUAUAAAAGACGAACUUAAAUUGGACUUAAUUUAUGAAGAUGUGACACACGUGUGUGGCCCUAGCGAAGCGCCAUUAGCGUGUGUGUUGUAUGUGUGUUUAUAGUACGAAUAGUGUCGGAGUAGAAUGUACAUUAUUAAUGUGCAUUGUAUUUGUGCAGAUCGCGAUCAAUAUCACUAUUCCCUCGUCUGAUUACGAAACAUACAUUUGUAGCUUCCUUGUUCGCGGAAGGGCGUACAAUGAGUUAAAAAGUUAGGGUUUCCAGCUUCAUCUUCCGUCCAGACAGCCAAAUGUAGCCUCGUCCAACAACGGGUCCACCAGUGUUGGGUCUAGAGGGUUUUGUUUGGAUUCGAGUUGUGUCUGAAUUUGGAGCUUUCUAGAGAAGUAGUACUGAGGGAAACAGUCAGACUCCGACAGUAUGUUAGUAUCUCUCGUCCCCACAACCUCAAGGAAGAGUGUUCCGGAAGUUUUCCACCUGUCACAUGUGGAGACCGGAUUCCGCACUCCUCACCAGCCAUGGAGCUACUAUGUCUACAGCUUCUUCCAAAAACACAACGAAUGUCUGAACUGCUGGACACACCUACUGGGCAUGUGCAUGGCUCUGAACAGGGCCACAGAGUUUGCACAGAACCACAGCCUGCUCGGAGAUCCCCACAUGUGGCCCCUGACGGCUGGUCUGAUCACGAUGGUACUGAUGUACCUGUGCAGUACGAUCGCUCACUGCUUCUCCAACAGGUCAGAACUCGUGCACUACACAGCCUUUAUGAUUGACUAUGCGGGUAUCGGACUGUUCGGAGUCGGGAGUGUUAUCCUUCACCACCAUUACUGCCAUGACGACGCCUGGGUGAACUCGUGGCUCCAGACCAACGCCGUGGUAGUGAGUGUGGUCAUGGGUAUGCUGGUGUGUCUGUGCUGUAGCGCGAGUAGCUUUCUAUACGAGCCACCCUACCCUUUCGCGCGGACAUUGUUGCAGAUAUCGGCCGUUGUGACCAUCUACCUUUGGAACAGUGUGCCGAUUGUGCUAAGGCUCUUCCAGUAUCUCGGGGCAGGUCUGUGGCACUCCAGUCUGGAUCACCACAUACAACAGAUGAUCUGGUUCGCUGUGGCAGGAUUCUUCUUCAGCUCUGACAUUCCUCAACGCUUCUUUCCAGGGAAGUUUGACUUUCUCGGCCACAGUCAUCAGAUAUUUCAUCUUUGUAUCAUAAUGGUUACAGAAAAACAGCUGGACGGCAUCACCCAUGAACUGGAACGGCUCGGCACAAAGUUCGCAACCAUGGCCCUGCCCACUUUUUGGAACAGUAUAGGAGCGGUUAUACUAGCGAUAAUAUUUAAUGGUAUAGUGGUUGUUUUUUGCCACAUAUAUGUCAGGGAUAUGUUAGCAAAAGAGAAAAAGAAGGACUAACAUAAUUUAUGGAAAAAUGCCGUGAUAUUUUACAUUUUUCGUUGUAAUUGUGAUAUUAUGCAAUUUUUGUUACACAUUCUCACUUGGUAUAUAUUUAUAGUUGAUGUAAUACGUUUGAUAAAGAUUUACUCAUA